AUGAUGCCUCUCAGACCUUCAAAUAGCGCCUGGCGCUCCAUUCACCUCCAGAGGCAGCUGAUCUCUGCCCGUCGGUCUUUCUCGACCUCGUUCGUGGCCUCGGCUGCGUCGCCCCACCGCUCUUCUCCUCAGAAACGGUCCCAAAGCACGGCGACCGCCACCUCGGGCUCUCGGCCUGCUCCCAGCCCGGCCUUCAACCAAGAACCUCACCGCAAUGAGGUCUCUCCUCUGCAAACCCGCCAGCUCCCUGAGCUCGAUGACUCUAUGGUUGGCAUGAGCGGUGGUGAAAUCUUCCACGAGAUGAUGCUUCGCCUGGACGUUAAGCACGUCUUCGGCUACCCUGGUGGUGCCAUUCUUCCCGUCUUCGAUGCCAUCUAUAACUCAAAACACUUCGACUUCAUUCUCCCCAAGCACGAGCAGGGCGCCGGUCACAUGGCCCAGGGCUAUGCCCGUGCUUCUGGCAAGCCCGGUGUUGUUCUCGUCACUUCCGGUCCCGGUGCUACCAACACAAUUACCCCCAUGCAGGAUGCCAUGUCUGAUGGCACCCCUAUGGUUGUCUUCUGUGGUCAGGUCGUUACCAGCGCUAUUGGAACCGAUGCCUUCCAGGAGGCUGAUGUUAUUGGUAUCUCUCGCGCCUGUACCAAGUGGAACGUCAUGGUCAAGUCCGUUGCAGAGCUGCCCCGCCGUAUCCAGGAGGCUUUCGAGAUCGCUACUAGCGGCCGUCCCGGUCCCGUCCUGGUUGACCUCCCCAAGGAUGUUACCGCCAGCAUUCUCCGCAACCCGAUCCCCAUGCAAAGCACCAUUCCUUCUCUCCCCAGUGCUGCCACCAUGGCUGCCCGUGAGCUGAGCAAGAAGUCUCUUGACUCCACCGUUGCUCGCGUCGCCCGCCUGGUCAACGUCGCUAAGAAGCCCGUCCUCUACGUUGGUCAGGGUCUUCUUGCCCGCCCCGAUGGCCCUCAGGUCCUGAAGGAGCUUGCGGACAAGGUCCAGAUUCCUGUCACUACUACCCUCCAGGGUCUUGGUGGAUUCGACGAGCUGGACCCCAAGUCUCUGCACAUGCUCGGUAUGCACGGCUCUGCCUACGCUAACAUGGCCAUGCAGGAGGCCGAUCUGAUCAUCGCCGUUGGUGCCCGUUUUGACGAUCGUGUCACUGGUAGCAUCCCCAAGUUCGCCCCCCAGGCUAAGCUAGCUGCCUCUGAGGGCCGUGGUGGUAUCGUUCACUUCGAGAUCAUGCCCAAGAACAUCAACAAGGUCGUCGAGGCCACCGAGGCUGUUGAGGGUGACUGCGCCGAUAACCUUCGCCUUCUUUUGCCUCAGGUCAACGCCGUUCCCGAGCGCACUGAGUGGUUCGAACAGAUCAACGACUGGAAGGCUCGUUUUCCCCCUAUCUCUUCCGCCGACGGCCCCAUCAAGCCCCAGGCCGUAAUUGAGACCCUCAGCAACUUGACCGCCGACAUUAAGGAAAAGACCAUCAUCACCACCGGUGUUGGUCAGCACCAAAUGUGGGCCGCUCAGCACUUCCGCUGGCGCCAGCCCCGUACCAUGAUCACCUCCGGUGGUCUUGGUACGAUGGGUUACGGUCUGCCCUCCGCUAUCGGUGCCAAGGUCGCUCGCCCCGACUGCCUGGUCAUCGAUAUCGAUGGUGAUGCUUCUUUCAACAUGACCCUGACUGAGCUCUCCACCGCUGCUCAGUUCGGUAUCGGUGUCAAGGUUCUCCUGCUUAACAACGAGGAGCAGGGCAUGGUCACGCAAUGGCAGAACCUAUUUUACGAGGACCGCUACUCCCACACUCACCAGCAGAACCCUGACUUCGUUCCUCUAGCCCGCGCUAUGCGCGUCGCUGCUGAGCGCGUCUCCAAGACCUCUGACCUUGAGUCCAAGCUGAAGUGGCUCAUCGAGCAAGAUGGCCCUGCCCUUCUGGAGGUCAUCACCGAUCGCAAGGUUCCCGUCUUGCCCAUGGUCCCUGCCGGCCAUGGUCUGCACGAGUUCCUGGUCUACGACGAAGCCAAGGAGAAGGACCGCAAGGAAGUUAUGCGCAAGCGUAACGUCGACUUCGCUGUCAACUACCGCGAUUAA